UCGUGGGUAAGGGCUAACGGUUUUCCUGCAGCGGCGUCUGUGAGGGGUGGGGGAGAAGAGGAGGAGGAGGCGAAGCUGUGCUGCGACCCUUCACCAACUCUAAGAUGAGGGGCUGCGGGGAAUCAGAGCUGAAGUUCGUGGAAGGGGAAGAGGCCGUGGAGUCCCCGGGACCACCCCCAGAACCACGCGCCCAGGAACCCCGAGCUCCAGUGCCCGAGCCCGGCCUGGAUCUGAGUCUGAGCCCGCGGCCCGAGAGCCCCGAGCCGCGGAACUGCAGUCCGGGGCGGCGGAAGGGGCGGGCGGAGCGCCGGGGUGGGGCUCGGAGAGGGCGGCAGGUCCGUUUCCACCUGGCGCCUCCCUCACCCGUCCGGCCCGAGCCGCUGUCCCCGGCCGCUGCACCUAGCGACAAGCCCGCGGCGCCGCAGGAGCUGGAGGCGCCCGCGCGGCAGAGUAGCAUGGCCCUGAGCCUCGAGCUGCAGGCCGCGCGGGCCGCAUCCAUGGGCCAGUUUGAUGCCACGAAAGCCGUGGAAGAGCAGCUGAGAAAGUCUUUCCAGAUCCGCUGCGGCCUGGAGGACAGUGUGGCCGAGGGUGAGCUGGGCGAGCGGCCGGUCGGGCGCGGGAGUCUGAGUGAGGGGGCGUCACUCACCCCAACCCCCUCUGCGCUAUCAGGAUUGAACGUGCCGCGCUCCAAGCGGCUCUUCCGGGACCUGGUGAGCUUGCAGGUGCCGGAGGAACAGGUUCUCAAUGCUGCACUCAGGGAGAAAUUGGCGCUCCUGCCGCCGCAAGCCCGAGCCCCGCCCCCAAAGGUGAAGGGACCGGGGCUUGGACUUGACCUUGGGUCUCCUGUCCUCGCGGAUUCUCCUUCUUCCCAGCCUGUAACCUUGCUUUGGCCCCGACUCCAACAGGAGCCACCAGGGCCGGGACCGGACAUGACCAUCCUGUGCGACCCGGGCACAUUGUUUUAUGAAUCUCCGCACUUGACCCUGGACGGACUGCCCCCUCUACGGCUUCAGCCCCGGCCCCGCCCUUCAGAGGACACCUUCCUCAUGCAUCGGACACUGCGACGGUGGGAAGCUUAGACCCCAAAGCUCCCUGGAUUGCUAGUUCAUAUUUUUGUAGGUCAAAAAUUUUUUUCAGAAUAAAGUGGUUUUGCUAAUAAA